GGCGUUUGGCUGAUGGUAUAUUUUUGAACUCGUGGGAAGAUCUUGAACAGGUCCCCCUAAAAGCAAUAAGAGAGAAUCCAUUCUUCAAGAGUAUGAUACCGCCUGUUUAUCCAAUUGGACCGGUGAUUAAACAAGAGGAACAUGAUGAAUCAGCCACGGAAUACAUGUCAUGGCUAGAUGAGCAAUCACCGAACUCUGUUCUCUUUGUAGUGCUUGGUAGUGGUGGAACUUUGUCAGGGGAGCAGAUGACUGAGUUGGCUUGGGGUUUAGAACUGAGUCGGCAACGAUUCAUAUGGGUGGUACGUAAACCAACGGAAGCUUCUAGUUCAGGGACGUUUUUCAAUGUGGGCAGUGAUACAUAUGGCCCAGAGGAAUAUCUUCCCGAAGGGUUCCUGGAGAAGAUACGGGGAGUGGGAGUGGUGGUACCGUCGUGGGCUUCCCAAGCGGCCGUGCUACGCCAUCCGUCAACAGGCGGGUUCAUAUCUCAUUGUGGAUGGAAUUCAACAUUGGAAAGUAUAGUUCACGGCGUGCCAAUUAUAGCAUGGCCUCUCUACGCGGAGCAAAAAAUGAACGCAACGGUGCUAGCGGAGGAUAUUGGAGUAGCCGUCAAACCGGAGGUGAAGGCGGGACAGACGGUGGUGGGACGGGAAGAGAUAGCGAGAGUGGUGAGAAUGGUGAUGGAGGGUGAUGAAGGGGAUGAAAUAAGACGUCGGGUUAGGGAACUGAAGGAAACUGCCGAAAAAGCAUUGGAUGCCGGUGGGUCCUCGCAUGAAUCGGUCUGUCGAGUGGUGGAGGAAUGGAAGGCGCUGAUCUGACUCUGGAUUUGAAGCCAUAAUAGGUGGUUGUUGGAAAUUAGAUCCUAUUAUUUAGCCAUUAUCUCUAUAUUUUAUGAAGUUUAAGUUAUUUAUUUGUUUUAGGUUGUUAUCAUUUAAAUUA